GAGUGCGGCUGCGCACCCUGGCGCCUGCGCCGUCGGCCUCUGCACCCGCGCGCUCGGAAUUCUUGGGCCCAGAGCACCCCUUUUCUUCAACCCCAAUUGACCCGGCAGUUCCUUCGGGAGGACCACGUUGACCCUGGCGACGGGCGGCCCUUGCGCUGUCUUCUUCCCCCCACCCGGGGACGUGGUGCGCACGCGCGGCUUGGCCGGGGCGGUGGCUCCGGGGCCAGUGGCGAGGAUCCAGACAGUGAAAAAGCAGUCUGGCUCCCGAGGUCCACCCCGUACACCCCAGGGUCCAGAUGGCGGCCAACGUGGGUGAUCAGCGUAGCACGGAUUGGUCCUCUCAGUACAGCAUGGUGGCCGGGGCAGGCAGAGAGAGUGGCAUGGAGACCCCCAUGCACGAGAACCCCGAGUGGGAGAAGGCCCGCCAGGCCCUGGCCAGCAUCAGCAAAGCGGGAGCUGCCGGCAGCUCUGCCAAGGCCAGCAGCAGCGGGCCCGUGGCCAGUGCACAGUAUGUGUCACAGGCAGAAGCCUCGGCUCUGCAGCAGCAGCAGUACUACCAGUGGUACCAGCAGUACAACUAUGCCUAUCCGUACAGCUACUAUUACCCUGUGAGCAUGUACCAGAGCUACGGUUCCCCCUCCCAGUACGGGAUGGCCAGCUCCUACGGCUCAGCUGCACCGCAGCAGCCGUCCGCAGCGCAGCACCAAGGGACUCUGAACCAGCGGCCGCUCCGCCCACAGCCCCCGGUCCCGGGUAUGGACGAAGGCCUGUCCUACCAGGCACCCCCUCAGCAGCUGCCAGCGGCCCAGCCCCCUCAGCCCUCCAACCCCCCGCGUGGGGCUCACCCUUUGAGCAGCGGUCCGCAGCCAGGGACGGCCCCUGCCACGCAGCACAGCCAGGCAGGAUCUGCCUCGGGCCAGGCCUACGGGCAGCAUGGCUACAGCGAGCCCGCCAAGCCCAAGAAGGGCCAGCAGCUGUGGAACCGCAUGAAGCCGGCCCCUGGGACUGGUGGGCUCAAGUUCAACAUUCAGAAACGGCCUUUCGCUGUCACAAGCCAGAGCUUUGGCUCCACCACGGAGGGCCAGCACGGCAGCUUCGGUCCCCAGCCCAACCCCGAGAAGGCCCAGAACCACAGGGGGAACCUGUCCGGUAAGCCCGACGACUGGCCGCAGGACAUGAAGGAGUACGUGGAGCGCUGCUUCACUGCCUGCGAGUCGGAGGAGGACAAGGACCGGACGGAGAAGCUGCUCAAGGAGGUGCUGCAGGCGAGGCUCCAGGACGGCUCGGCCUACACCAUCGACUGGAGCCGGGAGCCCCUGCCGGGGCUGACUCGGGAGCCUGUGGCUGAGAGCCCCAAGAAGAAGCGGUGGGAGGCCCCUAGCAGCCUCCACCCUCCCCGGGGGGCAGGCUCAGCGACCAGGGGCGGGGGUGCCCAGUCCCAGCGAGGGACGCCCGGGGCUGGGGGUGCUGGCCGAGCCCGGGGCAGCAGCUUCGCCAAGUUCGGCAACCGCAAUGUCUUCAUGAAGGACCACAGCUCCUCCUCCAGCACCGACUCGCGCUCCCGCUCCUCCUCCCGCUCCCCGACCCGCCAUUUCCGCCGCAGUGACUCGCACUCGGAUUCCGACAGCUCCUACUCAGGGAAUGAGUGUCACCCUGUGGGUCGCAGGAACCCACCCCCCAAGGGCCGGGGAGGCCGGGGGGCCCACAUGGACCGGGGCCGAGGCAGGGCGCAGCGUGGGAAGAGGCACGACCUAGCCCCCACCAAGCGCAGCCGCAAGAAGAUGGCGGCCCUGGAGUGUGAGGAUCCCGAGCGCGAGCUGAAGAAGCAGAAGCGGGCGGCGCGCUUCCAGCACGGACAUUCCCGCCGCCUGCGCCUGGAGCCCCUGGUGCUGCAGAUGAGCAGCCUGGAGAGCGGUGGGGCCGACCCCGACUGGCACGAGCUGCAGAUCGUGGGCACCUGCCCUGACAUCACCAAGCACUACUUGCGUCUCACCUGCGCCCCCGACCCGUCCACCGUGCGCCCCGUGGCGGUUUUGAAGAAGUCGCUGUGCAUGGUCAAGUCCCACUGGAAGGAGAAGCAGGACUAUGCCUUCGCCUGCGAGCAGAUGAAGUCCAUCCGGCAGGACCUGACGGUGCAAGGUGUGCGCACCGAGUUCACGGUGGAGGUGUACGAGACCCACGCCCGCAUCGCCUUGGAGAAGGGUGACCACGAAGAGUUCAACCAGUGCCAGACGCAGCUCAAGUCACUGUAUGCUGAGAACCUGCCAGGCAACGUGGGCGAGUUCACUGCCUACCGGAUCCUCUACUACAUCUUCACCAAGAACUCAGGAGACAUCACCACGGAGCUGGCGUACCUGACGCGGGAGCUGAAGGCGGACCCUUGUGUGGCCCACGCCUUGGCGCUCAGGGCAGCCUGGGCCCUGGGCAACUACCACCGCUUCUUUCGGCUCUACUCGCACGCGCCCUGUAUGUCUGGCUACCUCGUGGACAAGUUUGCAGACCGGGAGCGCAAGGCCGCCCUCAAGGCAAUGAUCAAAACCUUCCGCCCUGCGCUGCCAGUCUCCUACCUGCAGGCCGAGCUGGCCUUCGAGGGUGAGGCCGCCUGCCGGGCCUUCCUGGAGCCCCUGGGCCUGGCCUACACGGGCCCGGACAACUCCAGCGUCGACUGCCGCCUCAGCCUGGCGCAGCUGCCGGCCUUCUGAGCACCAGCGCCGCCGGGGGUGGGGGGCAGGGCUGCAGCCCCCCAGCGCCGCCUCGGCGGGUUUUGUUUUUGAGCCGUGGACUUGGGUUGUAAAUUAAUUUGCGGGGAGUGGGCUCCAGGAAGAGCCACCAGCCCGGCCCCCAUUGCCCACCGGGGAGUCUGUACAGAGAUUUUUCUACAUUUUUAUUUUUGCCUCUGAGGGAUGGGAUUGGGGGAGGGGGGACAGCAGAGGGUUGGGGGCAUAGUGUGUGGGGUCGUCUGUGUCCACCUUGCACCUCCACUAAUGCUGUCUCAGUGUUUUUUCUCUCUCUCUCUCGAGCUUGUACUCCGGUAGCGACCCGGCACCCUGGCCCAUCCCAUGCCAGGGGGGCCAGUGGAAGAAGACAGGCCGCUCCGCCCGUGCCCGCCUGCGGCAGGGGCACCAGCACACCAGCCCGCUGCCCGCUGCCUCAUCUGCCUCACCACAGACUCUUGUUGCCCAGCCCUCCGGGGCCUCAGUGUUUGGGGCGAGGGGAGCCGCGUAGACUGUGCCCUGCCCGCAGCCCCCGACCCCAGAAACGCCAACGCCGCGCCACCGCCAGAUCCACACUGCCAGCCUGCACUGAGGACUCCGGAGGCCAUCGCGGGACCUCGACGGCCGGGCUGCCUCGUCUGCAGUUGUAUUAAGUUGUCUCCGUGUCCCUUCCCCUCUCCACCCCAAUGUUUCUUCUGGUUUUUCCCCCUUUUCCCUGCCGCCGCCUCCUGCUCCCGCUCUCCCUUGGUUCAGCACAGGUAAAACGGUUACCCUCCCUCCCCGCCUCAUGGAUCACCAGCUCACGUCAUGUUUCCUUCUCUUUUCUUUUUGUGUGUGUUUAAGUUAUUUUUUCUUCCUCCCCUUUUCUUUUCCGUCCUCCCUCCCUCUUCUGCCAUGUAACUGGAGGAUGUGCAAUGAGUUUGCAAACAGCUGGACUGUCAGGCUGCUUUUUUUCCAGAUGUUCCUCCUUUGCCUCCCCUCCCCCUCCUCUCCCCCUCCCCUUUCCUUCCUUCAUUCUUUCCUUGGAGCACUGAGCACCAUUUGGAAGCUUGAGAGAAACCAAAAUUAAA